UCUGACUCUAAUGUGAUUUUUGUUCACUUUACUAAAGUUGGUUGGUUCCAGUUCCAGAUUUAUUCAAGUCCAAAAAUUUCUGCGUUUACUUUUCCAGUUUUCCUAUUUAUUUAAUUUGUGCAUCAAGAAAUAUGCUAUUUAGUCAGUGAACAAAUAUCUAGUAUCUUGUGAAAGUUACUGAAAUGUUUAUUACAAUGGAACAGAAUUACAACUUUAUUAACAUCCACUGAACCUGAACCAGUUGCUUUCUAUUGCAUUAUUUUCACGUUUGAUAUAGGUUCCUAUUAAUACUUUAAAAUGGAGUUGCAAGUGAACCAGGAUGUCGAGUUAAGGAAACUGUCGACAGCCCCACUGUGCCGCAUAGCGGAUAUAUUGGAGACAAAUAGUGACUGGAAAAAAGUAAUGUCUCUGAUUACCAAGCACCCAUUGGAUAAAAGUUCUGGCCCCAAAUACAACAAUGAGCACAUGAGAUUGAUCGAAGAGCAUGCUAAAGCCACCGGCAAAAAAUGUGCAGAGGUGUUGUUCGACGAGUGGGGCACUUCAGGGAGAGUCCGACCUACAUUACGGAUUCUCAAGGAGUUAAUACAGAAAGCGGAGAUAUACAGAGCUGCGGAUGUCAUUGCUGAGAUCCUAAAUGAACCCGCACCACUAAGGCCUAUGAAAGGCCCUGCAGCAGCAGUUCCAGGAAUAACCAUCCUCCUCAAUGAUUUGAACAUGGAGAAUGAACACACUAUAGGUCCAAACAAGAUCCACAUGAACCACUAUUACAACCAAGACCAACCGUACAAUGUUACACCUAACAUCAACAAUGAUACGACAGUCCAAAUGCUAUCCAGCGCAAAUAUUCCCAUAGUUAUUGAAUCCAUCGGCAACAAGUCUACACACAAAUUGGAAUCCGUACCAGAUAUGAUUAAAUUCUCAGAAUCAAUGAACUUACCAGACUUCAGUGCUUUAAUCCCAAAGUCUUCAACACAAAGUGACACUAACUUAUCUAUUCCAGUGCUGAACGUGCAAAAAUCUCCAGAUCUAUCAAGAAUUGACAACUCAAUACUUAAAAGCACAGAUUUAGUCCACUUUGAAUAUAAAGAUCUCGAGACGAUUACAUACAAAUUUUUCGAUCGGUUAUUCACCAGUCAAUUUGGACCUACAGGCCGCAUAGGAUCAGGUGGAUUUGGAGAAGUCUAUGUCGGUUACCAUCCAAGUUACGGUCAUGUUGCUGUGAAGCGGAUUCGAGACAUAAACAUAGAGGAGAAACCAGAUGUAGCCAUGAAAACUUUUAAUUCUGAAGUUAAAAGUCUUUUACAUUUAAGACAUGUGAAUAUUGUGCCUAUUAUAGGUUAUUCCAUAGAUGGUCCGGCGUUGUGCUUGGUUUGCGAGUUUGUGGAAGGUGGUUCGUUGGAACAAAACCUAGCUGCCAAAAGAUUGAAUCAAGCUCAAAGAGUAGCAAUAAUGGUGGGGACAGCAGAAGGACUGAAGUAUAUACAUCAGACAGAAAGGCUCGUUGGAAGCGAAGAGAAAAUAAACAGUGGGUCUGAACAUAGUUCAACGAAAAAGAAUUAUUUCAUGCACGGAGAUGUCAAAAGUGCUAACAUUCUUUUGACUAAAGAUUGUGUACCAAAGCUCUGCGACUUUGGUCUAGCCAAGAACAUCGACCACACAGUAUUCACCACCACACUAAUGGGCACCCACGCCUAUAUGGCCCCGGAAGGCUUCUCCGGCACUGUCACACAGAAAAUUGACAUCUACAGCUUUGGCAUAGUGUUACUUGAACUAAUCACUGGAUUACGACCAAUCAUAGUUGAAGCUAAAAUGAAUAUUAAAGAUUAUGUAGAAGAGAAUUGUAAAGGUGAUAUAAAUCGAUUAUUGGAUCCCGUUGUCAAGGAUUGGGAGAAAGCAAAUGAAGUGUAUGAGUUAGCGUUGAAAUGUUUAAAAAGGGAUCGGUCUGAUAGACCGACUAUGGAUAUUGUCUGUGAUAAUUUGAAAAAUAUUUUUAAAUAAAGAUGGAAAUGAUGUUAUGUUUACAUUAUGUAAUCUAAAUAAUUUUACGAUAUGAUUAUAUGUGCAAAAAUAUGUCCCUAUAUAUGACAUGCUAGGACGUGAUAGUUUAAAAAAAUAUAUAUUUUCGACAAUUAUUAAUGUAUAAAUAAGUAAACAAUGUAAGUAUAUUUUACAAUAAAUUUUAUUUGUUAA